AUGAACCCUAAUUCUUCUUCUUCUUAUAAUCUCACGGCUACUGCCGUUUUCUUCUCUUCUUCUUAUUCAGGAAGCGACGAGCCUCUGUUUUCCAGGAGGCUAUUGUUCCUGAGAGACGUUCAGAUUCUUGAGCUCCUUAUUGCCAUUUCCGUGUUUGUAACGAUACAUUCCUUGCGCCAGAAGAAACAUCAAGGGAUACCCGUUUGGCCGUUUCUUGGGAUGCUUCCUUCGCUGGCUUUCGCAGUCCGAAGCAACAUCUACGAGUGGUUAUCGGAGGUUCUUAUACACCAGGACGGGACUUUCCGGUUUAGAGGCCCUUGGUUUAGCAGCCUCAACAGUGUCAUUACUUGUGACCCGAGAAACAUCGAGCAUCUUCUCAAGACCCGUUUUUCUAUCUACCCUAAAGGUUCUUACUUCCGUGAGACCCUCAGAGACCUACUCGGAGACGGAAUAUUCAACGCCGAUCAGGAAAAGUGGCAGCGGCAAAGGAAGACAGCGAGCGUCGAGUUUCAUUCGGCUAAGUUCAGGCAAUUAACCAGUCAAUCUUUGCACGAACUCGUGCAUGAUAGACUCUUGCCGGUUCUAGAAACUUCCGAGACGAUCGAUCUUCAGGACAUCUUGUUAAGGCUAACGUUCGACAAUGUAUGUAUGAUUGCUUUUGGGGUCGAUCCAGGCUGUCUUGGUCCAAAUCUACCAGAAAUACCUUUCGCAAAGGCCUUUGAGGAUGCAACAGAAGCAACAGCUUUGAGAUUUGUGAUGCCUACUUUCGCGUGGAAGCUCAUGAGGUCUCUUAAUUUAGGAGCAGAGAAGAAGCUAAAGGAAUCAAUUAAAGGCGUGGAUGAUUUCGCUGAUGAAGUAAUCCGGACGAGGAAGAAAGAGCUGUCUCUAGAGACCGAAAUUGAGAAAAGAUCAGAUCUCUUGACUAUUUUUAUGGGCCUACGAGAUGACAAUGGAGACAAAUUCUCAGAUAAGUUCUUGCGCGAUAUUUGUGUGAACUUCAUACUUGCCGGGAGAGACACUUCCUCUGUGGCUCUGAGCUGGUUUUUCUGGUUAAUCGAGAAAAAUCCGGAGGUGGAGGAGAGAAUCAUGGUGGAGAUUUGCAAGAUUCUUGAACAGAGAGAUCAUCAGGGAUAUACAGAGGAGGAGAUGGACUAUGAGCCUGUGUUCAGACCAGAAGAGGUCAAGAAAAUGGAUUAUCUACAAGCUGCUUUGUCUGAAACUCUCAGAUUGUAUCCUUCUGUUCCAGUUGACCACAAAGAGGUACUUGAAGAUGAUGUGUUUCCAGAUGGAACAAAAUUACAGAAAGGAGAAAAAGUCAUGUAUGCAAUUUACGCGAUGGGACGUAUGGAGACGAUAUGGGGAAAAGAUUGUCUUGAGUUCAGGCCAGAGAGGUGGCUAAGAGGCGGUCGGUACAUGAGUGAGUCGGCCUAUAAGUUCACUGCCUUUAAUGGCGGUCCUCGACUCUGUCUAGGCAAGGAUUUUGCAUAUUACCAGAUGAAAUAUGUGGCGGCCGCGAUUAUUUACCGGUACAGAGUUAGGAUUGAUGUGAAGAGUGGUCCUAAGGUUGAGCCAAAGAUGGCUUUAACUAUGUACAUGAAGCAUGGCUUGAAGGUGAAUAUGAUUAAGAGGAGUGUCCCUGAGAUAGACAACUACUAUGAUCAAUGCCAUAAAGGGUAUAAAUAUAAUAAUGGUGAUUGAUUUUUUGGGAUUUAUGAUUUUGUUUUAAGUGAUUGUUGUAUGUUGGGUGAUUUUUUUGAUGAACUUUUAAUAUUGGUUUUACAUGUGGUUGUACAUAGUAUAAGGUUUUAUAAUAAUUUUCAGUUUUUUGGGGUGCGAAAAUAAUAUUUCAUACAUAGUUUUGUAUAUACGAAAAGAGAUAAGAAGGAUAAUCACCACGUAUUAUAUUGGAUUAAGUAUGACUUUUGCAAAUUGCCAAUUCGAAUAGGUCAUAGAGAAAUCAGCUAAACGAAGAUGUCCGACGUAGAAGUUGGGGAACGUACGUGGGCACUACGAUACA